AAUAAUUCAGUGGUUAGAAUACACGGUUGGGAAGUUUUGUCGGACAACUUAUGAUGCUAUUUGGUAACUCUUGACAUCUGACUGAAUAAUGCGUUACAUACGAGCUGUGUUCAAGUAUUGCGUUGUUAACAAAACACGUGUAAGUGGGUAAACGUAUAGACACUAGUCUAUUAUAGGUGAGGCUAGUACACAAUCAACUUUCCCUUUUUUGGAGGAAGACUCCCGAUUUUGAAAUGCGCGGCCGGACCAGGAUUUGAACCGAGGACCCUCUGACCUCUGGACAGACCAAUUGAGCAACCUGGUUGCUGUUGAUCUACCUAGUCCAGUCCGCUACAGAUCUUAUUUAUGAUGAAAUUAAUGACUAUUUCUCCUGGAGAAGAGGGUGCACUCAAUCAACUGACAUCUGACAAGAUUGAAACAGACUUCUCUUCAUGGCAAGAUCAAAGGUUUUAGGUUCAUCAGAAGGAAACUUAUAGUCUACCCCAGUCAACCGUGAUGCUGUCAUAUCGAGUCACAAUUUGCCUAGACACCGGCCUAUCAGAUUGUCACCAACACCCAUUUAACUGCUAUAGUCUCGUAAGCAGUCACCCGUAGGUCUUACUAAGCCACAGAGUGUGUUGGGUGGCAGGACCCCUUCUUGAUUGGAAUCAAGGGUGUGGAUACAUAGACCAUUUCACUGAUGUUCUACACAAUGACAUGGUUUACUAUUCUCGUGGUACUUCAGGUGCUGUUUGCCACUUCUUUCGUUGACUCAGAACUUGUUUUGGAAUGUCCAGCAGGUUACGUGCAGAAGGAUUCAUAUUGCUACAGGAAGGUGUAUGCCACUUUUUCGUGGGAAAAAGCAGAAGAUGCAUGCGAGAGAGAUGGAAGUCGACUUGUAUGGAUUGAUGACUGGAAUGAAAAUGAUUAUGUUCACAAUUUAUUAGAUAUGGGGCAAGAAAUGUACUGGACAGGUUUAAGAAAGACAGAAAGUGAUUGGAAAUGGACAGGAAAUUCAGAAGUCUAUGACCUACGUCUUGGCUUCUGGGAGCCUUCACAGCCAGAUGAAAGUAAUAGUGGACCAGAAUGUGUUGCUGGUAUGGUCGAUGGCAAUUGGAAACGUGUACCCUGCAUGAAAAAGUUACCCUUCAUUUGCAAGACACCAGCAUAUCCCCCAGGUUCAUUUAAAUGUAGCAAAGGACUUAAAGCCAUCAGCGAAAAAUGGAAAUGUGAUGGAUAUCGCGAUUGUGACGAUAAGUCGGAUGAAGUAGACUGUGGCACAGCUCCUUAUUGUAAUUGGUACAGCACAAAUAUGCCAGGAUCAAAGUCUAUUGGCUACCAGGGGAGAAAAACAUGUCUGUACACACUGAAGGCCAACAUAGGAGAAAGGAUCAGCUUAACGAUUUCUUCGAACUCAGCCAUAGAAUUGAAGGCUGAUUCACUGAUAAUAUACUCUGGGGGAUUAACUCUUUCAGAGAGUUAUAGGAUAGGCACUGUGGAAGGUUCCUUGAGCGUAGGUCAGAGAUUUAUUUCUGGCAACCACUUCCUGAUCAUAAGGAUGACAACAGACAGUACGGUUGAACGCCAACCUAUCAGCAUGGUUUGGACCAACGUUGUUCCAGAAAUCACCAACUCACCAAGGGAACUAACUGGUACAUCAAAUUAUGGAACACUGCCGUCUCCCUUCUUUGGUAGUACUUUACCUCCAGAUUUGGCAAUGGAAUGGGUCAUUACUGCACAGACGCCGGGACAAAUUAUCACGCUUAUGUUUGAUAAUGUUUAUUUGGAAAAUAGAAGCUCCAUGGAAAUAUAUGAUGGAGAUAUGACGAACGCUGUAUUAUCUGGUAUUCAGUCUAUUCCUGACCCAGCCAUGUACAUCUCCUACAGUAAAGCUGUCAAAAUCAAACUGUCGACAUAUACUGCUAUUCAACCUCCUUCCAGUGGCUUUGUGAUCAGAUAUAAGGAAGGAUGUGAUAUCACUAUCAAUCCCGCUAAUAGUGGAACAAUCAUGACACCAGGUUUUAAGGCAGGAAAAUAUCCUCGUAAUGUUGCUUGUUCUUGGGAACUUACAGCCCCUACGAUGAAGAAAUUGACACUGAGAACAAGAUCUUUCAAUCUUUAUGAAAAUGUUGACUACAUGAAGGUUUACAAUGCUACUAGCUCUUCUUCAACAAGCUUCACAGGUGAAAUCUCUAGUCCAAUGCGCCUCCUGUCAGAUGUUGGCUACUUCAAGAUCGAGUUUACAUCUGAUAACGUGAGAAGUGGAGCUGGUUUUGAACUCAAAUAUUCUAUUGACUGUGAGCCUUGGACGACAUCACAGGAGACGAAUAUUGCAUAUUCUGAAAUGCCUUACACAUCAUUCGAAAGCAGCAUCAGUGUCACUUGUAUGAAUGGAUAUUCUUUCAUGCAAGAAGAAUACAACUCAAUGGAUGUUGUACCGAUGGUUUGUGAGGAAGGCGGAAAGUGGAAUGUAUCUCGCAAUCCAGACUGUAGGAUUACAUACUGUCCAAUUCCACCAAAGAUAUCGAAUGGCUGGAUUCAAGAGGCAUCUGGAACAGUUGUAUACGGUGGAAAUGUUACAUAUGUGUGCGAGGACGGCUUUGUAUUGAGCAGUUCUGCCACCAUCAAAUGUAAGGCAGACGGUACAUGGGAUAACGCACCUUCAUGUACAAGUACCAGCUGUGGCGUAUUGCCAACCGUUGUCAAUGGAAACAUCAGGAAUUUGACUGCCACACAGAACCAAUAUGGUGAUGUCAUAGAGUACUAUUGUGAAGAAGGAUACGAGACAGUCGGUCCCAGUUUUGCUUACUGCCAAACCAAUGGGACCUGGUCUCAUAGUGUGCCAACAUGUAAAGCGCUGACCUGCCCGUUGGUACCUGUGAUGAAUGCCUUUUGGACAAGAGAGGAUGGUGUUCCUUUCGAUACUACAGGAAUGCUUAAUUGUUCUAAUGGCUAUAAGUGGAACGUGACCAAUUCACCAGUAAUUUCUGUCACCUGUCGAGCAAAUGGAACAUUUUCCAACAUAGAAGACUGUGUCGAUAUUGAUGAGUGUAAAGACGUUCCGAGCAAAUGUAGUGCAUUUGAGGACUGUGACAACACCAUUGGGGGCUUUAUGUGUUACUGUAAGGAUGGCUACUUCAGGAAUUCAUCAACCUCCUUAUGUCAAGACAUACUUGAGUGUUCAGUUAACAAAGGAGGCUGCAGUAACACCUGUAAUGAAGAAAGCCCAGGUUAUUCCUGCAGUUGUCCAUCUGGCUAUGACUUAUUCACAGAAUCAAACCAAAACAACAUCAGUCUGCCUAGGAGCGAAUCGGGUCUUCGACAAGGGGACAUAUUCUACUUUAACCAUACCUGUGUCCGUAAAACCUGUGACGCCCUGUACCACCCCAGUAAUGGACAGCGCCUGACUGAAAACGCCUACACUUUUUAUUAUGAGGACGAAGUAUCUUUUGUCUGCAAUAUUGGCUACAAAUUAGUCGGAAAUAAAAAUGUUACAUGUGAGGCAAGCGGGCAGUGGUCUGCCUCGCCCCCGACCUGUACAAGAGAGUUCUGUACAGUGGCUGCACACACAACCCGAAUGUUUAACAGCAGUAUUGCACCAGGUGGCAUGGCAUACUUGACAGAUGCAGUUGUGUUUCAGUGUCAAUAUGGCAAUCAAGUUUUAGAGAGAAAAAUGUACUGCGGCUAUAUGGGAAAUGGCCAGUAUGAUUGGCAGGGGGAUGACUACAGUUGUCCUGAGAUUAAUUGUGGUGAACCAAAAGUUGUACCUGCAGGUGUUUACACCUCAAAAACUGGGAAUUCUUGGAAAGACACAUUUGUCUUUGGUUGUGAUAAUGGCUUCACGAGAAGUGGGAAUUCCACCGACAACAGCAUCACUGUGACAUGUCAAGAGAACGGCAGGUGGGGAUUUGGUAGCUUAACAUGCACAGGAGCUUUAUGUACUGACCCAGGAACAGCAUACGAUGCUGUGCAGGUUGCCACUAGUUAUGAAGUUGGACAGACAGUAACAUGGACUUGUGAAAGAAAUGGCUAUACUCCAGACCCACCAACAGUCCUCCUUUGUCAGAUAGUAGGAUCUAUUGUCAACUGGAACUCCACAGUACGACCAACUUGUAAAGAUACACAAAAUCCUACAUUUUCCUCAUGUCCAACAGAGACAAUCUAUGUACAUAGAUCAAAUCCAGUUGUUUAUAAUGCUCCAACUGCACAGGACAACACGAAUCGUUUGAAGAGUAUUAAAGUGCAGCCAGAAAAUAUGGAGUCUGGAAGCAUCAUCAAUGAAAAUACUACUAUCACAUAUACAGCUGAAGACUAUACUGGCAAUACAGGAACCUGUGAAAUCGACGUUGUUGUCAUAGAGGAUGUUCCAUCUCUUUCUUGUCCAAAUAAUACCAUCUACUACAUUAAUACUACCAAUGGAUACGCCAUCAACCCGCUGGAUUUGGUUUCAUCUCAACCGUGGACAAGUCUUACAGCAGAUCCACCUUCUCUGAGUAUUAAUUUCAACUCACUUAACGUCCUGCAGAAAGUGAGAGUGACAGCGUCCUAUGAGACGUUAACUUCUUCCUGCUCUUUCCUCAUUGCUACUGAAGCAUCCACAUGCUUCACUGCAAGUGUUCCUGCUAUUGCCUUCUCCGGCAAAUCAUGUAUAGGAACUGUUCAGUGUACAAUUGAUUGCAAAUCAGUUCAGGGAGUUCAGUACUUCCAUUCUGAUACUGGACUAAAAGAAAAGCAAUAUAAUUGCACGGGGGCAAACAACUGGAGUCCAGCUAUAAGCGAUACCACCUGUGUCAGUAAGUAUCAGAAAGAGCCAUCCAUUCCUAAACAUAAUUGUCAGUAAUCAUCCCUGUAAGCUGUCCUUCUCUCAGUGUACUGGUCAGUAAUCAUCUCUGUAAGCUGUCCUUCUCUCAGUGUACUGGUCAGUAAUCAUCUCUGUAAGCUGUCCUUCUCUCAGUGUACUGGUCAGUAAUCAUCUCUGUAAGCUGUCCUUCUCUCAGUGUACUGGUCAGUAAUCAUCUCUGUAAGCUGUCCUUCUCUCAGUGUACUGGUCAGUAAUCAUCUCUGUAAGCUGUCCUUCUCUCAGUGUACUGGUCAGUAAUCAUCUCUGUAAGCUGUCCUUCUCUCAGUGUACUGGUCAGUAAUCAUCUCUGUAAGCUGUCCUUCUCUCAGUGUACUGGUCAGUAAUCAUCUCUGUAAGCUGUCCUUCUCUCAGUGUACUGGUCAGUAAUCAUCUCUGUAAGCUGUCCUUCUCUCAGUGUACUGGUCAGUAAUCAUCUCUGUAAGCUCUUAUCUCAGUGAACUGGUCAGUAAUUAUCCCUGUAAACUCUC